AUGGCAAUGUUUCAAGGCCGAGCUUUAGCUCUCUUCCCCCGCGUGCUCGAUGCGCGAAGUAUAGUCCCAAGCCCUGUGAUCAUUCGAAUAUCUGCCGCAGAAGAGGAUGGCUCUCCAUCGCUCUGCACAGCUGGAGUAGCAUCCACAUUCUCUGACCUCAUGACGCUAUGGUACACCGUCAAUGUGAUUAUAGACAAGCCGGCGUUGUUCCACCCCGAUACACGGCUAGAAGCUGCUCUCUUUGGUUGCCCAACUGGAGAAAGGAUACGAACAGGGCAACAUGCCGAUGAGAACACACCUCCCGAGAUGAAGAAACGACGUCCGCAGUCAUCUGACGCAGGACAAGGUCGCCAAAUUGCGGCUGACGGUCUCAUAACCCUGAGACCACACCCUCCUCCGGGAGGGGGGCUGAGAGGGGGGCAGGGGCGCGGAGGCGCUUAUUUGCGAUAUGGGCUGCAGGUCAAGACUACAGAGGCUGCUACUAUCUCGCCAAGAUUGACGAACCAAGAUCCGCCUACUAAUGGACAAGACUAUAGGCACCCUUUAGCUUGA